AGUGCCUUACAAUAAGGCUGUGCAGUGAAAGUUGAGCCGUGUGCACUGCACCUCUGUCUGUUUAGGAACUAGUUGGGUCUGUUCACAGCUGCCAUGUUUCCUCUACUCUCGGUUGGACUAUAUGGAGAUUAAGGUGCUGGCUAAAGCCCUGUACGACUUUCAGGCCAAUGGACCCGGAGAGCUCGCUAUGAAAUCCGGUGACAUGGUCGGCCUGCGCUGGAAAGUGGACGACAAUUGGUAUUACGGUGAUAUUAAAGGGAGCAGCGGACUCAUACCCGCCAGCAUGGUGCAGGUCCUGGGCGAGCCGACGCAGCCUGCGCCUUUGUGCCGUGCCCUCUAUGACUUUGACCUGAACAGGUUGGGUCCGGGCGAUCGGAAAGAGUGUCUGGCCUUCGUCAAGGGAGACGUCAUCUCUCUGAUUAAGCGAGUGGAUGAGAACUGGGGUGAAGGGAAGCUUGGAGACAAGGUCGGAAUCUUUCCUUUGCAGUUCACGGAGCCAAAUCCGACUGCGUUCAAACUCCUGGCGGGUGCGAAGCCAAGCGAUUUGGCGGAAUUACGUCCACGGAACACGAGAGUGAGCAGCACGAGGGUAAGCCUGGAUGCAGACAGUCACAGGCGCCUCUCCAGGACGCAUGCGAGCCCGGCCAGGCCUCCCGAUGUCAGCGUCCUGAACACUCUGAACCACGGUCAGAUCCAGAGCUCGACGGCUCCUAGCGCUACCCUGAAGCCUGGCCGAAUCUCCACCAUCUCCAAACCGCGCUCUGGAAGUACCCAGCGGAGCCCAUCAAAGGGUGAAAGAAAGAUGAACGGCGAAGUUCCUCCGACAAUCACCAUGGCUCUCAUCAACCCGCAGACUCUUCCACCACAAGCAGAGGGCAAGCCGUCUCCCAUUCAGCAACUUUCUAUCAGUGUGUGUGCUGCCUUGUACUCGUACACUCCCCAUCGCGCCGAAGAGCUGGAGCUGAGCAAAGGCGAGAUGGUGGGGGUUUACGGGAAGUUUAAGGAAGGCUGGUUACGCGGGCUCUCUCUCAGAACUGGCAAAGUGGGCAUUCUGCCUGCCAACUAUGUCACACCUGUGCUUAGAACCUCAGCAAUGUUCCUUGAGCCGCCAAAGCUUGCUGUUCCCACUGCAGCUGCCGCAUCGCUAAAGAGAUACACAUCCCAGAAUCCUCAGGGAACAUCGCUGCCCCUGGAUAAAGUAAAGGUUGAAGUCGCUGCUCCAGUCGGUGCCAUGGCCCCUCAGGCAGCUGUAGCAUCUGGCAGUGGAGUGAAAUCUCCUCAGGCAGGAGGAAAGCAGGGCUGGGACACGGUCAGACGAGCCUUCCAGACUCCACACAGAGGCUCCUUCCGACAUAGCAGCUACCAUCCUCAAAAUCCAGGUUCAAGCCUUCAUCCUCCGCCUCAGGAUUUGGGACAGAUCUAUGGCUUUGGCCGCUCUCCCGUCCUUCCCAGAAAGAGAAAUGGCUUGUUUACAAAUCCCAUCAGGUCACAGCACUGGACUCAUGAAGGAACAACCCCCUCUGCUGGUGCAUUCCAGACAAUGGAAACCAAAUACAUGGCACCGAAGGAGACUUCCACAGCUCCUCAGUCUAUUCUGAUAAAACCAGACGUUCACAGACACAACACAGAAAAGCCUGUAAAGACAGUGAGGUUCUUGACUGAAGACGUCCCCCCACCUGCAACCAGGCUGUCGUCCGUGUCCUCCGUGUCCUCCGGAACGCAAGUCAUGAGUAACUCUCAGAGUGGUUCCGCGGCCCUGGAGCACUGGAACCCGUCAGCCAUCAUAGGUCGAGAUGGAAGUACCUCAGUCUUUAAAGACCUUAAAACAAUCAUGCAAAGAAAAGGUCCUAGUCAGAAUAAUGCCAGUGCGGAUUGUCUGCCUUUAGGUGGAAAACUGUACGCAAGCAACAGCCAGUCUAGUCCCGUCAGACACAGGGUGCUAAAGGGAUACAAUGCAAAGACUGAUGCAGAGCUGAACCUGCUGGAGGGAGAGCUGGUGCUGGUCCAAAAGCCUCGGUCAGACGGGAGGGUCCUGGUGAAACAGGAAAAAACUGGAGUGACUGGCAUCUUCCAAUGCAGUAUUCUGGACAUAUUGGACAAAGUCGGCUGAGUUUGUGUUUUUGUGUGUGUUGUGUGUGUGUGUGUGUGUGUUCUGCUAUCAGAUAGAACAUCCUCAGUGUUGCUUCUGGGACCAUAUUAGAACAUGUCAUCUGCGUAUGAAAAGCAAUAUGCUCUUUAUUUGUUCGUGUGUUUCGGUGUAUGGCAUGCCUCAUCUUAUCACAAACACACAUAUCCCGGUUCCUUUUUAAAUUAGCCGUGUGUCAUUUGUCACUUCUGGGACGUACCACUGCCUUUACUCUGGGUUAUGAAGGUUAAAUGCACAUUGGGAUUUUCUUAAUACAAGGGCAGCUGUUAUAGACUCCUGUCCUGAAGGCCAAGAGCACAGAAGAGUUUAGUCUCCUUACUUCCGAUUGAACUCGUUAUUUGAUUACGCACAUUUCUAUAAGGUGAUUAUCAAGAAUAGUUCGAGUUGCACACGGCUGAGUUGUGUGUCAGAUCAUGUACCAUGGCCUUGUAUAUAAUGCAAGACUUCCGUUUAUUUGGACAUGAAAGGUUUGCACUUAGGAAUGCACUAUGUGAGGAAUGCACUACGUGGUAAAUGCAACGGGUUGCUACCUGAUCAUCCCCAUCCAUCAUUUGUGUUUGUACAGUUACAGUUACACAUUUUAAAACAGAAACAUGAAACCUGCUGUCUUGUUGUCAUUGGUAGCCAUUCUGAUUCUACCCAUUAACUGGUGCAAGCCAUCUCAUUCUGUUUUAUGGUGCUUGAUUGGACAGCGUAGUGCUUAAGUGUUCAACAACGCACGUGUAAUUUCUUCAGCAAGUAUUGCAUCCAUCGCCCGUUUGUUUUUACAGCACUUAAUUUAUUCACAUUUUUUAGGUGUCAACACUACACUGUUAAAAACUAUUAUUAACAAUUUAAAAAGGAUGGAGGGGUAUAGGGAAUGUCUGUUGUUUGUUUAUUUGUUUGUUUGUUUUGGGGGGAGUAGAGGGGGCUACAUACUGUUCGCUUUGCCUUUUAUGAAACUGGUACACUGCAACUGAAUUAUAAAAAAACAAACAUAUUUUUAAACCCAUUGCUGUUAAACCCAAGAGCCUUGUGCUGACAGAUAUUCUUCUUUUCUUUCAUUCUGUCUUUUUUUUUUUUUU